UGGAAGAGAUUUUCAGAAAUAAUUGUGAUAACAUGGAGAAGAGACUGGAGCCUCUGGAUAAUUUCGCCAUGCAAUUUAGAGGAGACACUUCGAAAACAAAAUUGAAGAAAUUAAGGAAGUUAAUACGCGAUCCGAUUACAGCUGAUAAUUUAUUAUGGAUUGAUAAACUUCUUUGUCAGUUUUUAAAGGAAACAGGGAGUGAGGGAUUUAAAGUCAAAGAUUUGCCCGACAUCGUUGUAGUCCUAGAAUUCUUAGGAUGGAGUGCAAGAGAGACCCCAGAAUAUGAAAAACAUCUAAUGAAAUUAUUAGAAAUGAUAGGUCGUCCCCCAGGAGUCGAUAAAUUUUCAGAGAACCUCACGAGUUUCGAAACUCUGGAGCACUACUUCACACAUUUAGGAUGUUUAAUUAUUCUCAUGCCAGGAAAGGAACAAAUUGUAAAAAUCCUUCGAUCCCUCCAUGAAUUAUUCACACGACCAAAUCGCGUCGACGUUUCGGCAAUAAAAUUGCAGUACUUGUACGAAUCCGUGGAGAACUCCAGUCUCCCAGAGAUUUUAUCAAGACUAAUUAAUCCAUGUCCUCCAGACAUCCGGAGUAAUCUUCUGGAAGUUAUCUCUGACUUAGUGAAGGCUUCAGAAGUCUGCUGUCACAAAAUGCUAAACGAAGAUAUCGUGAACUCCCUCAUACUCCAAUUAACAAUUUCAUACCAGAAAUUUCAUGAGAAAAAUACGAGGGACGAGCUGGUCCUCACGAUACAAGUCCUCUGGAUGCUGAUCAAGUCAGCCCAAUCCUCUGGAGAUCUGCCCUCAACCUGGAAAAAUUCCUCUCCUCAAAAUCAUGAAGUUAUGACGUGUUUAAAAAAUAUCUUCAUGGAGAUCGUUGACGAUUCCUCAUCAGACUCUCAUGUGAAAACGAUUCGAAAUGAUCUGGCAAUGAUUCUUCUCGGUGGGUUCGUAGCCAAAGCCCCUUGGAACCUAAUCAAGUGUGGAUUAGCGACAGAUAUAAUAAUCUUAUCAAAAUCCCUUCGAAUUCCUCGGACCCAAGAAGAUCUAUUCUUCACAAAAACACUGCUAGCUCUUCUCUGCCACUUCACCACCUCACCCUUCUGCAUUUCUAUUAUGACGCAAAACGCAGUGAUUCCUGGAAUUCUGGGACUCCUGGGCAUCGACGAGGGAUCGAGAGUCCCAAAAAGGUCUUCCUAUUCAUCUCAAUUGCUUCCCUCCGUCAUGAGAACCCUCUCGACACUCGUACCUCAGCUCCUGCAUGAUUUCCUAGAGUCCCAGGGCCCACAGAAGCUGCUAAUCAUGUUGGAAUGGAGCGUCACGAUGGGCCUGAACUCCUCGAUUGCUUUGGAAACCUUGAGAACAAUUUAUUCAAUAAUAUCUCUUCAGAUUCCAGAUUGUAUGAUGCAAUUCAAAGCUGCUGGAAUUCUCACUGCACUCGUCAACUUGACAAACAGAAUAAUAACUCUCGAAGAAUUAACUCUCCAUUCCCAAACCCUCUUAACUCUCCUGAUCAUGACCCUGGAUCACCUCCAACGUGCCAAUUCCUCGCUCUCGUCCUGCGAGGAUUCCCUAAAAAUUAUCGAGAAGCUUCUGCAGCGCUGCCAAAACCCCGAGGACUUCGUCAUCAAUGACAAACUACUCAUUUCCCUGGGGUCCUUCACCUGGACCUGCGUAACAGCUUCUUCAGAAGCUCUCCAAAAAUUCAUAGAGCGUGGAGGAACUUAUCUGAUUCUCGAUACCCUGGACAAGUCCCAUCGACAUCCUCAGAACAUUUUUAUGGGAAUUCUAUCAGACAUGUGUGUAAAUUCCCACUGCAUUCCCCACCUGUGCACCUGGAGAGGCCUAAACAAGUCCAAAGGACUGCUAUCUUUGUUAUCCAGACUCUGGAGGGAUGAGGAACGGAGGAUAGGUGUGAAGAGGACACCUAGGGGAUGCAUCGAGGACAUCGAGCUGCCCCUGAUGGGGAGGAUCCAGUGGAGGAAUACCUUCUACACGAAAACCAUCGAGAAUUACUCUCCGACGUUGGAGUCGUGGGUGGGAUCGGUGAGACCGAAAAUCUACAGUAUCAGGAAGCAGCUGCUGGCGAAUGCUGAAGUCUAUGAAAUCGUGAGGGAUCAUUACAAAAUCCUUGCGGAGGAUCUGUCACCGGAGGAUGAGAUAACCCUCUGCAUUGUCGAUCAGUUCUUCAGGUUCAGUCGGGGUCAGGUGUGGGGAGAGGUCCUCAGGUAUUUGAAGCAGAAGGGGGUUAACCCUUUGGGAGCUGAUGGGGAAAUGCUCCUGGUGAUGUGUCAGAGGCAUCGAGAGUGUGGGCUCUACGUCAGGGAUUGUCAGGAGAGGAUCAUCUGGGGGCAGGAAAAAAAAGAAAGGGCGAGGGAAGUCCAGGAGAUCAACAGGUUCAGGGAUGCUAGGCUCAUGGCUGCUCUGGAGGCAGCUCAAACUGUCGACUUCAUCGAAAGAACUGCAGAUAGGGAUUACAGGGUUGAAAGAAAAGAGAGACAAGAAGCUCAGGUUAAUCAGGGGUUGAGGUUUCCUCACGGCGUCAUCCCUAGUGACUGUCAUAGGACCUAUCCCGAAAAUUGGAAUGUCACUACAAUUUUUAACCAAGUGCACAGGAUCAAGACAGCCCCAUCCUUCCCUGACCCUGACAAUGUCGAGAGAGCUUCUCCGAGGAGCUUAACGCCAGCUGUUUCCUGUGAAUUUUCUGAUGACUGGGAUUACUAAUAAAUAAAAUAUUUUGUGAAUUGAAUUAAAUUGACUGA